AGUGUUAGAUAUAAUGUUUACUUCUGCUAAAAGUUGUUACAGUUUACUAGUGAUUAGUAAAGUAGUAAACUAGUAAUACUAAUGUAAUAUGAGCCUACUAGUAAUUAAUUGUAGAUUUGUAAUAGAGUAAAUACCAGCCAAGGUCCCUUGAGUUUGGUGGUUUCACCACUUAUAGUCCCUAACUUCCGUAAUUACCAUCUGUGGUCCUUCGAGUUGCGAAAACUGACCUGCUACCAUCCUCUCGUUAGUUUCUGCCGUCUAAGCCGUCAAAAGCAGGGGUAGAACGGUCAUUUGACAUAUAUAACUCUACAGUGGUCAUUUUCAGCCAUGGGAGGGUUAUCAAUCCCUCCCCUUGCCGUCGGAUAAACCAAAUCCCAAACCUUGGUAUGCUUUGCUCACCGCCCUUAGUCCAAGAAGAUAACAUAAUAGUGCUUUUUUUGGAUCUUCAUCUUCACCACCCAAGAAUGCUUUGCUUUUAAUCCGGUGUAGAUCUGCUCCAUAUAGAUCUUCAUCGCGCGCUGGCUUGUAGGUUCUGGGGUUCGUCAUUAUGCCCCCCACAAAAACAGAUGAUUCCGGGAUUGAAUCCAAGCAUCUGCCGAAAAGCUCACUUCUUCACCAGAUUGUGGAAACGCAAAACCUGUGAAAUUAGGGAGGAGACAAGAAAGUGAAGAUUUUGAGAGCUCAAAUGGUGAAAAAUGCAGAGAAAAAAAGUCAAGAACCCGAUAAUAAAGUCCACACAUUGUUGCUCAUAAGGUGCAAAUCUGAACCAGCAAGAACAUGGGAAAGACUCGUUCCAAAUGCUGGUUUCUGGAGACUAAGAAGAUUUGCCGUGUGCCCGAGCCCCAGCCUCAUUGAUAGACAUCAUAAUUAUGAAUUUCUUUUUGUUUAUAUUGACUGGGUAUAAUUUUUUUUUUUUUUUUGUAUUUACUCUUUAGUUUAAUUAUCUUGUAUUUUGAAUAUUGUGUAUCUAUAUACCCGCAAAAAUUGGAAGGAGAUUCCAAUGCCCGAAGUGGAGCGCCCCGCUAAUAAGUAAUGGGAGUAAAACAUGACACCAUUUACUCUCUCCCUUGAGCUGAAGCGGACUAUACAAAGCUUGAUGAUAUUGAUUAGCCGCUCUCUACUCUCUCACCAUCGAUCCUCCUCCUGCUUUCGCUCUCUUCCUCAGCUUGCAUCUUCUUCUCACUUGGCUUUCCCCACUUCUUCCCCUACACCCUGUAAACACCUUUUCUCUCUUUCUCCCCUCUAUGUAUACAUGUGCGUAUAUAUGGAAUCAGAAUCAUCGGCGCCUUCACUUUUGGUGUUAUGCGGGAAAUCUGCACCUGAGAAUGAAUUGGCCAAGUCAUUGAAGAAUAACAAUGCUAUGAAAUUCCUUGGGGACGAUCAAUUCGAAGUUGUUUUGCAUCCGGAGGUCGAAGAUAGCCUCGGAAACGAAGGGUUUCGCAUUAGAGAUUACUUUAAAUCCCUUUUGACGAUAAGCCUCGGGAGGUUCCUUGUUUACUCUCCUAGAUUGCCUUCAACACAGGACGUCGUUGCACGAAAUUUCUGUGAGCUGCCAGUUGGUGCAGUGUGUGUCGCUGAUGUGCAAUUCAAGGGGCGAGGUCGUUCAAUGAAUGUGUGGGAAUCACCAAAGGGAUCCCUUCUAUUUUCCUUUACCUUACAAAUGGAAGAUGGACGAAUGGUGCCACAUGUUCAGUACGUAGUCAGUCUUGCCAUGACAGAUGCUAUUAAUGAUCUCUGCAAGCAAUAUGGUAUACCACAUCUUGAUGUAAGAAUAAAGUGGCCAAAUGAUUUAUAUUUAGGUGGCCUUAAGGUUGGUGGCAUUUUGUGCACUUCAACAUAUAAGUCACAGAAGUUUAAUAUCAGUGCUGGAAUAGGCAUAAAUGUAGAUAAUGAAAAGCCCACAACAUGCUUGAAUACUGUUCUGCAGAAAUCAACUUCUGUUCCAAACAUAUUUAAAAGGGAAGAUAUAAUGGCAGCCUUUUUCAAUAAGUUUGAGACCUUCAUUGAUGUUUUCUUUAAUCAAGGAUUUCAGCCUCUUGAGGAGUUGUACUACAAGACUUGGCUCCACAGUGGACAACGAGUUAUUGUACAGGAGAAAACUGAAAACCAGGAUCAGUUUGUAGAGAAUGUAGUGACCAUUCAGGGCUUAUCAUCCUCAGGUUACUUGUUAGCCAUAACUGAUGAUGGUCAAACAUGUGAACUUCAUCCCGAUGGCAACAGUUUCGACUUCUUCAAGGGACUUGUGAGAAGGAAAUUAAGUCAAUAAAGAUCUUCCCUGUGUCCAUGAACUUAGCCUUAUACCCUUACUGCUGAAUGAGAUCUAGUCUCCCUUAUCCUGGUUAAGCUUCAUCAAAGUUUUAUAAUUUGUUUUAUAAUUUGCUGAACAGUGGAAACAGAACUUCAAUAUUUGUAUUUGAUUUUUAUUAUUUAUUUAUUUAUUUAUUUAUUUAUUUAUUUAUUUUGGUUAGACUUUGUAGUCUAGUGACCUGAGGAUAUGGAUUAACCCCCACUCUCUUGGGAUGUACUAAAAAGAAUCUGAAUAUAUUUUCUAGCCUUGAGCAUGGU